CAGCAGCUUCUGCGCAUGCGCACAACAGUUAUUACGCCGAGUGUGUUGAACGUGUGGACUAGUAACAAAACAUGACAGAGAAGAAACCAACAGUAGAUUUGGGUUUGUUGGAGGAGGAUGAUGAAUUUGAAGAAUUUCCCGCCGAGGACUGGACAGGCUUGGAUGAAGAUGAGGAUGCACAUGUUUGGGAAGAUAACUGGGAUGAUGACAACGUAGAGGAUGACUUUUCAAAUCAGCUAAGAGCGGAGCUUGAAAAACACGGAUACAAGAUGGAAACCUCGUAACAGUGGAUUACUAAAAUUUUAGUUUUCUACAUUUGCAUAUUGUUAGUUUUGCCUGUCAGUAAAAAAUGUGACUUCUCUUAUUACUUCUAUAAGAAGCCCAAGAUUGUAAAAUGGUCAGUUGAAACUGAAAUAGUGUGUUUUUCCCCAUAUAUACCAAACAUGUGUUCAAUUUUGUUAUAAUAAAGAAAAGCUUUCCCUA